UGACGUCAGUGCAGUAAAGGUUACGUACACAACGCUCACUAGCUCACUGUUUACCGAGCGUUUGAGCUCCGUUGACACCGAAACCGGGCCUUUCUGGGUGGUUUGUGACGGGAUGGCGCUGUAAAAGGUAAAACACGUUUUGGUUCAUUUGGGCUGUGAUUCACCGACUCAUUUCAAAGAGUCGUUCAGAAAGAAGGAUCUGUUGGUGAAUCUUGGCAGGUGAGCAGGAUGAGCGCGUGGGUCCUGGGGCUGGACGUGUGCGGCUGUGCGCUGCUGGCGUUCCUGCUGCUGCGUCGCUAUGGCGACCUGGCCAAGCAGCACCGCAUGGUUCUGCUGGCCACACUGCUGGCCUGGUGCCUCUGCUUCAUCAUCGUCUUCACCAUCCCUCUGGACGUCAGUACGACGAUCUAUAAUCAGUGCGUGAUCGAUAACCACCAUGUGGUCAGCACGACAGCGAGCCGCUCCAAUCAGACGGACAACUCCUCAGUGUUUCCCACCGAGAGUGCGCCCAAAGUCUGUGAUAAACCCUGGGGCUACAUUCCGAAUGGGAUUCUGCCCGUGUUCUGGAGGGUGGUGUACUGGACCUCACAGUUCCUGACAUGGCUCCUGAUCCCGUUCAUGCAGUCAUACGCUCGGUCCGGUGCCUUCUCUAUCUCUGGGAAGAUAAAAACAGCUCUGAUUGAAAACGCCAUCUACUACGGCACCUACCUGUUCAUCUUCUGCUCUCUGCUCAUCUACGUCGCCGUCAGCCCUCAGUGGCAACUCUCCUGGUAUGACCUGCGCACCAUCGGCAUCACGGCAGCCAAUACGUGGGGGCUGUUCCUGCUGGUGCUGUUGCUAGGAUACGGGCUGGUGGAGAUCCCACGCUCCUGUUGGCUGGUGUCGUGCCAUGGCCACCUGCUGGCCAAAACGUAUUUUAAAGUGGCCAAAUUGAUGACGGAGAAAGCAGACGCUGAGGAGAACCUGGAGGACGUCAUGGAGGAUGUUAGAGGAGUUAAUGAAACCAUCAAGUACAACCAUCCACUGAGGAAGUGCAUCGACACCAUCCUGAAGAAGUGUCCCGUGGAGUACCAGGAGAAGUUGGGGAGGAAUAUGGAUGAUUAUGAGGAUUUCGAUGAUAAGAGGAACCCGUGUCCCAACAAGAAGAGCCUGGUCAAGCUCCAUAAACAGGUGAUCUAUGCAGUUCAGAGACAUAACCGCACUCAGGUGCAAUGGCAGAUCCUGUUGGAUGAAGCUUUCCACCUGGAGGACGUGGCUAAGAAUGAGACAAGCUCCGCCCACCAGUUCAUCCACAGCUUCCCUUCAUCGCAGCCCUCCGGCUGGUUCAGUAAAUACAUAUACACUCCCACCGCAGAGUGGUACUGGGAGUGUGUGCUGCGGCGCUGGUGUUACCGUGUGCUGGCCGUGGGACUGAGUUUGAUGUCUGUGGCCGUGGUGUGGUCAGAGUGCACGUUCUUCAGCACUCAGCCUGUUCUGUCACUCUUCGCCAUCUUCAUACAGCUGGCUGAGAGACAGUACAACUACCUCUACAUACAGGUGGCGUGUUUUAUCACCAUAAUCUUCCUGUGCUACUGUGUGUACUCCACUGUGUUCCGGAUCCGAGUGUUUAACUACUACUACCUCGCUCCUCAUCACCAGACCGACGCCUACAGCCUGCAGUUCAGCGGCAUGUUGUUCUGCCGUCUGACUCCGCCCCUCUGUCUGAAUUUUCUGGGUGUGAUCCACAUGGACUCCAUCAUCUCCCACCAGCAGAGACAGCAGACCAGCUACACAUCAAUUAUGGGUUCUAUGCGGGUUCUGUCGUUCAUCGCUAACGGGUUUUAUAUCUACUACCCAAUGCUUAUAGUGCUCCUCUGUAUCGCCACCUACUUCAGUUUAGGGACAAGGUGUUUAAACCUUUUGGGCUUUCAGCAGUUCAUGGGAGAGAGUGAUCUGACCUCUGACCUCGUAGAUGAAGGGAAAGAACUCAUCCGCAGAGAGAGGAGGAAGAGACAGAGAAGUGAGGAUGGAGAAAACAGACGGAGGGAAUGGAGGGAGAAAUACGAGACCCGGAGCCGGAACUCGUACUCUGAGCUCAGAGAGAACAACACCAGCAAUGACCACAGGAGAGGUCACAGUUUAGGUCAGUCCCGUAGAGAGCAGGGUGACCAGUCUGAGUUACUGCAGGAUGUCGAGCCGCUGGACUUUAACGGAGACGAUCCACAGGAGGUGGAGGACAGGAGCAGGUAUGUGGGUGGACGUUAUCUGUCUACCUCCGGCUCACGGACGCGUAUCUUUGAUGACGUGUGAAAGUAAGGGAUAAUGAAGAAAAGAGAAAGAACGACAGAAUUUGCACUUUUUCACCUCCCACUGUUUUGUGAAGUGACCGACUGGACCGUCCCACAUGCCGCUCUGUCUCAGUGUGUGUGUGUGUGUGUUUCUAAACUGGUGUAGUGUGUGGGUGUGGUCAGUAGGGGGCACUGAAGGGGACCACACUGUGUCUCUGUUGCCUAGCAACAGUAGCACCCUCUCAAUUAGCAGUUACCAAGUAAUGCUUCGAAAUUCAGGACCCACAGGUGUUUUGUGGCUGUGAUGAACCGAGUGUCCAGACGGCGUCGGCUCUGCGGGACUUUGACCCCCCACACAAAACGAGGAGACGGGUUGGGUUUUUUACUUCAAGCCUACUGAUUAACGUAUUUACAGACAUGCACUUAUAUUUUAAACUCAUAACUGCCCCAUUUACAAACACAGCUACUGUAGUUUAAGCUAUUUAUAAUGUCACUAUUAUUCUCUGUUAUUACUUUCUAGUCAUUUUAUUCUUUUCUGUUGUGUUCAUUUGAAUGUAAUGAAGCAGUUUAGUCUCCAGCCAGUAGGGGGAGCAGGAGGAGUUCGUAUUUAUCGUGUUUGAGCUGUUAAUGCAUCACAUACAGUAACAGAUCAGAUUAUAUAUAUAUAUAUAUAUAUAUAUAUUUAUAUCGGAUCCUCUGCUGUGGGUCUAGAUCCUGGAGAACGUUCAGGGCAGUUACAGUGAAAAUGAAGGGAUUUACUUCUGUAAAACUGUCUGCUUUCAUCUCAUAAUCUCAUCCCCCACAGCGGGGUCUGGCCUUCAUGCGGUCUUCAUGUGCCCUGCGUUGACCUCCUGAGCUGCCUGGGAAGGUUUUCGAAUCAUUUAUAAAGCAUUAUGAAGUGUUAUAACUGCUCUCCUGCAGCUGUUGCACUGGUUACCGUGUAUAAUCUUAUUGUUGUUUGUGAUUUUGUUUUUGGGGGUCUUUCGGUGCCUUGAUCUGUAAUGGGGGUCUGACCGUGUCCUGGUUUCCUCUCUGAGUGUACUUCAUCACGCAGCUCCUCUAGAAUCGGCGAUGUGGAGAGAUCAUUUCUGAUUGAUUUGUAUUUGUCUUUCUCUCUGGAUUGAGACGUGGUUUGUUCUGUUUCUGGAAAUACCUCAAAUAAACACUUCCAGAUAUGA